CGGCGCCGUCGGUCGGCCGAAUGCGAGCGAGCGGGAGAAGGAUGGAUGGAAGGAUCGUGGAAGGUUGUUGGAUUCGGACUAGGUUUGCGAGGGAAGGAUGCGUGCAUGCGUACAUGCAGGCACGCGCAACUCACUGGCCAUGCCAACACGAUCAUGUAGGCAGUCAGAGGUGCGAUAGGAUGGGAGAAUGCGAUAUAUCAGAUGGGGCAGGGCGAUAGUAUUAUUAUUAUCGUGUCAGCUGGACGGGCUGGCACACGCGGUUCCUGGCUUAUUGGCAGGGGUGUGUUUGGGGCCAAGAUGGCGGAGGGGAGUUUGGGGAAGGUGGAUGGCACGAUGAGUGGUGGUGGGCAUUGCCAGGUUUUUCGAUCGAGUGAUGAGUGCGUGUGCUGGUGUUGGAGGGAUCGAUUGGAUUUGAUGAGGUGGGUUGGUGGGUUUAGUCUCGAGUUUGCUGCUGCUGCAAGCGCCGAGGCGCCGCCGCUAGCUACUACCCACUGCGCACGGUGUUUGGUGAUUAUCGUCGCUGACGAUGGGGGCGAGACAGCAGGGUACCUGGAUAGGGGUGUUGGAGUAGGAGUGAAGGAUGGAUGGAUGGAAGGGAAGGGUGAUUGGGUCCCUACUGCGUACUCGGUACUCCUACCCUACAGGGGUUUGAGGGAAAAGAGUAUCCGGAUGAAGAGGAAGAGAGAUGGGUAGGGACGGUCUGGGGAAGGGUCGGAAAAGGGUUUCGUCAAGAGGGCAGAUCGCGAUUGAUGGCAGUAAAGAAGAUAGAUGAUGGAAG